GAGACUGCAAACAUCCCCAACAUUUUUGCUCAAGCAAAGCUGUCACAUUUAUUUUUCCACCAAAACGUACCUGCCCUCAUGAGAAUGUUUAAAAUUCCAAAAAGCCAAGCAAAAGUCAUUGUGGCAACAUGCCCAAAGUAUCAAAACUAUGAAGUGCCCUCUAUGGGUACGGGAGUCAAUCCCAGAGGCCUGAACAGCUGCCAGCUGUGGCAGUCUGAUGUCACCCAUUUCCCACCUUUUGGAAAGUCUAAGUAUGUGCACGUGUCAGUUGACACAUUCUCUGGAGCAGUUUUUGCAUCGACUCAUGCAGGAGAAACAGCCACUCACAUCAUCAAGCAUUUUCUCUUAGCAUUUGCCACUCUGGGAGUUCCAAAAAAGAUCAAAACUGACAAUGGACCUGCCUACAUCUCUCACAAAUUUCAAGAGUUCCUCAGUGAAUGGGGAAUUGAACACAUUCACACCAUUCCUGGAAAUUCCACAGGACAGUCCAUUGUAGAGAGAACUCAUCAAAACAUCAAAAGAGUCCUUCACCAGCAGCGAAGAGACACAGAAAUUUUAUCUCUAGUGGAAAGACUCUGCAAAGCUCUCUACGUCAUCAAUUUCCUAAAUGGAACCAAGUCAGAACCAGACCCCCCAAUACUUUGACACUUUGCAAACUCAACCCAAGCAAAACUCACUGAGAAACCACCAGUGCUGGUGAAAGACCCUGAAACACAUCAGGUUUCUGGACCUUUCCAAUUAAUUACCUGGGGAAGGGGGUAUGCUUGCAUCUCCCUGCCAUCUGGACCAAGAUGGUGCCCAGGAAAAAACAAAAAACCAUACCUAGGCAUGGCAAAAGCUACUCCAACAGACAACAACAAAAGCUCCCCAGAGUCAAAUAUAAGACCUCCUCAAAACCAAACCAGCACUGCUUGGAGAAGAAGACAUCGUUGAACACCUGCACAUCAAAGAAAAGAACAUCCUGUCACAAGACAGCAGACGAAACAAAAAACUAAGCAGCACUCUGCUGCAUCAGGCAAAUCAUAAGCCAGACAUAGUCUGGCCACAAAGUGACCUUUAGUUAGAUGUUACUACCUCUACUGAAACACCCUAGUAUUAGUCCCCCCACAAUGAUUUUAUUGUAACCCCUAAUCCUGUAUUCACUUCCCUAUCCCUAGAGAAAA